AUGGCUUUUGCAGAAAUCAGAUUUGUUAAGCGAGAGAUUGAAGAUCUUCUAAAAACUUCUGGCAAUUCACUUGCUGCUUCCUCUCGAGAAAUCUUGGAAUUCGCUGAUAAAGAAUUGGAUUCCCUACAAGAAAUCGCCAAAGGAUUAAUCCCUUGGAGCAGAGCAGAUAUUACGUUGAGAUCCCAAAUAUCAAAAUUAGGAAAUGUGUUAAAGCAACACGCUCCACAAUCUGAAAGCAGCGGAGAUCCGAUUAUACCAAAAAUACAUCAAGAAUUGGUUCAGCUGAAAACAACAGGAGAGAAGUACAUCGAAGAAUUGUACAACUCGUUGUCUGAAAAAGAUGACGAGGAAGAAGAUUGCGAUUCACCAAGAACCAAUUCUGGUGAAGAGAUGGUUGGAUUAGUUUACGAGUUCAAUAAGCUCAAAAGUAGACUUAGAAUCAGUUGGUCGAAGAGCACCCAAGUCACCGCGCUCGUUGGGAUGGCUGGCAUCGGUAAAACCACUCUUGCUAGGAAACUGUUCGAAGAUCCAAACCUUGCGGAUCACUUCGAGUGUCGUGUGUGGGUGACAAUAGGCAAAGAAUGUAAAUUCAAAGAAAUUCCGCGCCGCAUUCUGGCUGAGUUGAAUGGUGAAGUUAUCGAGGAAGGAGAUGAAGAUGUUACAGCUCUGCGCUUGAAAGAAAGUUUGAAGGAUAAGAGAUUCCUCAUUGUGUUGGAUGAUGUGUGGGACAAAUACAUGAUGUAUCACCUGCAUUCUUCGUAUCAAUACGAGAGAAAUGGAUUGAAAGAUGCUCUGCAGGAUAAGAUCAAGGGAAGCCAGAUCCUCUUCACGACUAGGCUGCAUCAAGUAGACGAAUACAACGUUCCACAUUCUAGUGGACUGAUGAUAGUUAGAUUGUUGAACGAAGAAGAAAGCUGGGAUCUGCUCCGGAUAAGGGUAUUUGGUGCGGAAUCAUACCCUUUCCAACUCGAGAAAUUUGGGAAGAAGAUCGUGGACAAGUGUGAUGGCCUUCCUCUUAUAAUAAUCGCGGUGGCCAACCUCUUGUCUGAAGAGGAGAAGACAGUGGAAUACUGGGCUGAGGUUGCAGGGCACAAGAAUCAUCAAAUUUUUAUGGAUGCAUACGAUGAAAUAUUGAAGGUACUACUUCCAAGCUACACCUACAUACCUAAACUUCUGCGAAUGUGUUUUCUCUAUAUGGGAAUUUUUCCGCGAAAAUAUGAUAUAUCGCGAUCCAAGCUCAUUGAUAUGUGGGAUGCAGAUGGAUUUCUUGAGGAAAAAACAUACCAACUCUUAUAUCCUAGUGCAUCAAAAUGUUUGGAGGAGCUUGUUUCUAGUAGUCUUGUAAUGGUGAAUGAGAAAACUAUAGAUGAUUCUGGAAGACUAGGUGCUAAACAGAUAAAAACUUGCCGCCUUCACUCCUCACUGUGGCAACUGUCUAACAAACAAGCUAGGAAGAGUAAAUUUUGUCAUGUCUUGAGCACUAGCAAUGAUGCUUUUGGAGAAUGUAUAGAAAGCCAAUGCCGAUUAUCCUUCCACAACAAUGUCUUGUUUGGGAUCAAAGAAGUGUGUGAAUCGGUGGAGGAUAACUGUGCAUCCACUGCACAUUCUCUCCUAUGUUAUGGUCCAUUGCAUAAGUAUCAAGUGCCUAUGUGUUUUGGUUUGAGGUUGCUGAGGAAACUUGAUGCUCUUAGAAUCCGUUUCUACGAGUUCCCUAUGGAGGUACUAGGAUUAGUUCAACUAAGAUACCUUGCCCUCACUUUGAAUGGAGAGCUCCCAGUGUCAAUAUCCCAGCUCUCAAACCUUCAGUUCUUGAUUGUCAAUCAAUAUUUCAGCAUCAGAUCCGACGAAGAUCCGGUGCACCUGCCUAGGGAGAUAUGGGACAUGAAAGAGCUAAAGCAAAUUCAAGUCAUGGGUAGUGACUUACCACACCCUUGUGGUGCUUCCUUGGAGAGGUUGUUGACACUUUCAAAUGUUAGUGUUCAUAGUUGUAGUGAAGCUGUUUUGAAAGGAAUGCCUAAUCUAAAGAAAUUAGGAAUUCAGAUCAAAUUGGAUGUGGAUGAUGAUAAUGAUAAUGGCAGCCCCUUGAGUUGCUUUGAUCAUAUUUCCCAUCUCAGCAACCUGAAAUCACUUAAAUGUGCUGUUAUGAAUCCUGAGGUUGUUAUUCCCUCGCUCACUCCUAUGUCGAUUUUCCCUCGAAAUUUGACUAAGUUGAGCUUGAGCGGGAUGGGCUAUCCUUGGAAAGAAACGAGCAAGAUUUCCUCAUUGCCAUGUCUUCAGGUGCUCAAAUUGCGAAAUUAUGCUUUUCAAGGUCCUGAGUGGGAAGUAGAAGAACAGGCAUUCAGUUUACUUACUAUUCUUAUAAUUGAAGACACUGAUCUGGAGGACUGGAAAAUCGGACGUGGAAGCUUUGAUGACCUUGAAACCCUAACCAUGAAACACUGCUACAAUUUAGAAAGGAUUCAUGGGGAAUUUGGAGGCUUUCUUGGAGGGAUUAAGCUAGUCGAUUGCAACCCCUUAGGUGCAGUGCAGAUGAAAAAGGCUACACAAGAUUGGAAAGUAGAUGUUCAUUCUUCAUGGGAAGACAGGAAGCACAAGCCAUGA